CUAGCCUAUAGCAAAUGGAUUUUGUCUGCCAGUCAGUCAGCCUACUGCAAGCAGAGCAAUUUUUCAUGUUAUGUGAAAAGGCAGUCCUUUAAAAAUGUUUGCAGUUUAUUCUAAAAUACAAUCUAUAAGAGGUUUUAAAAAUCAAAAUGUUACAAAGAAAUUUAAGAAUAAUAAUGUUGAAAGUUAUGGAAUGCAAGAAAUUAUAUCAAGUGAUGAAGAACUUAGUGGAGACAAAGCUCAUUCUGAUAGUUUUUCAAGUGAGGAAGAAACAGAGCAAGAAAAAAAAUUAAGGCUAACUAAAAAGUAUUUAGAACAGAUUGAAAAUGAAGAACGGGAGAAACAUUUAGAUGAUACAAAGGAUGCAAUAGCUCAGAGACUGAAAGAUGAAGCUCUUGAAGAAGAAGGAAGGCUUGAAAAAAAGAGAGCUCAUGAAUAUGAAAAUGCAACUACUGAAGUUUUCCAUAUUUUUAAAGGACACAAAUUAAGCAUUACAUGUUUAGCUGUAUCUACAUCUGAAAAAUUUUUCUUUAGUGCCUCCAAGGACUGCUCAAUAAUUAAAUGGAGUAUAGAAGAAAAAAAAAGAUUAAAGACUAUUCCCGGUGGCAAGAAAGGCACUGAAGCUACACAUCGGGGUCACACUGCACACAUACUUGCAAUGGCACUUUCUUCAGAUGAUAAGUUCUUGGUCUCUGGCUGUCAAAAUAAAAUAAUGCAUGUUUGGAAUCCAGAUACAAUGGAAUUAUUGAAAUCAUUCCAUAGCCAUAAAGGUGCAAUUACAGGGCUUGUAUUUUUUAAAGGAACACAUCAACUCAUUAGUGCUUCAGGUGACAGAACACUAAAGCUGUGGAAUCUGGAUGAAAUGGGUUAUGUUGAGACUUUAUUUGGUCAUCAAGAUGCUAUUACAGGUAUUGACUGUUUUGUAGGAGAAAUUGCUUUAACUUCUGGUGGUAGAGAUUCUACAGUACGAAUAUUUAAAAUUGUUGAAGAAUCUCAAUUGGUUUUCCAAGCUCAGGGUGCAUCUUUAGAUUGUGUCUGUGUCUCUAAUUAUCAAAGUUUUGUGUCUGGAGGAGAUGAUGGUUCUUUACUCUUAUGGAGUAUUCAUAAAAAGAAACCAUUGUUUAAAAUCAGUGAAGCACAUGGAUGUGACCCAGAAACUGAGCAAGACAACUGGAUUGUUUCAUUGUGUGCCUUAAAAAAUACAGAUCUUCUGGCCUCUGGGUUAAGUUCAGGAGAUCUGGAUGGUCAAGCCAUGCAGCAAAUUUGCUCUCUUUCCAG